GAUGAAAAACUCUCCCGCUUAGUUAUAAAAUUAUUCUCAGUGCCAAGUUUAACCGGAUUGUCUAGGUUGAUGUCCACGUUGAUGCACGCGAUAGGAUUUUAUUAAAUAUAUUUGUAAAGAAAGCUGCUAUAAAUGGAUAUACGGCUGGUCUAAUCAACUAGCACAUGAUUGACGUACAACUGCGGGUCUCAAGGAGUUGCAGAGAGUGUAAAGACCCAGCUAAUCCAUGGAUCCUGACCAAGUAGAGCAGAGACUGAGAAAUUUAGAAGUGAAAGAAAUUGAUGAGAUCCGUAAUAUUCCAAAUGCCCAGGCUGAAGUGGUAUUGUCACCCCCUCAUGAAGACAGACUUGGUGAUGGAACACCUUUCCUAUCUUUGUUCAGUCAAGAGUUUGUUCCUUCUAAUACUUUUACUCAAACGUUCCUGCAAGGAAUUCUGUCAUUUGUUGAGAGCAGAGAUCCUGUGGUGGCCAGUGCUUGGAUGGAAACUCUUCUUGAUGUAAUUGACUUACUUCCAAAAGAAAUUAUCAAACGAGAUCUUUUAACGCUUGCUGUCAAUAAGGGUCAGCUCUCCCAACCUGUUUCUUCCCGACUUCUGUGUUGCAAAAUGGUUGGCAAAAUCUCUACUAAGUUUGAUCCAUACAUCAUAAGGAAGGAAAUCUUGCCAGUUGUUCAGUCACUUUGCCAAGAUGUUGAUUUUGAAGUCCGAGGGUGCAUGUGUCGACAGCUAGAUGCUGUUGCACGAGGGAUUGGCCUUGAAGCAACAAAGAGUGCUCUUCUACCAGAACUUGUUGAACUAGCCAAUGAUGAAGAAAGUUAUGUCCGUUUAGCUGGUAUUGAAACAGUGGUUCGUAUGUUACCAAUGCUUGAUGAUGAAACGUGUAUCCACACUGUUAUUCCUCUGGUUAAGAAGUGCUGUGAAAACUUUGUGAAGACAGAAGAUUCCACUCUGCCCGUAGUUGCCAAAGAACUUGGGAAGCUGUGUUGUGGAUUAUCUGUCAAUCUGUCGGAAGAACAACGUACCUGGUUUCUGAUGUAUUACAGAAAGCUGGCUGUAUUGGGUCUUCCUGUUCCAAGGUCUUCCAAUCAAGUCUCCAACAAAAGUCCUAUGCCUGAUGUUGUGCCUCAAGCCGAGAAUGAAGACACAGACAGAUAUACAGAGUGCCGUCUUGCUUGUGCUUACAAUUUCCCUGCCAUGGUGCUAUUUGCAGAACCUCCAAAUUUCUAUAGAGAGCUGUACAAGACUUUCCAGUUAUUGACAACUGAUCCUUCCCCAAGUGUAAGAAGAACUAUAGCUUGUGGAAUUCAUGAGGUUACCAAGCUACUAGGAACAAAAGCUUGUUUCAUCCAGACAGAAUUAAUCCAGCUAUUAACAGAUGAUUCACUAGAGGUUAUUAAGGGUCUUGUGGUUCAUUUACCAGAGACAUUGGAGGUUAUAACUGCAAGUAAUGAACUCAGAGAUGAGAAGGAAAAGGAGAGUUUGGAAAACUUGGUGGAAGCUUUGUUAAUUUGUGAAGAUGCUGCAUCCCAGACUAGCAACUGGAGACUUCAUGCUGACUUCCUGUCUCGGCUUGUGUGUGUGGUGCGAUGUUUUCCUGGAAGGCAUCUCUAUGAUACCUUUGUUCCUCUUUUGCUCAACAGGCUUCAUACCGCUAGACCCAUACCUUGUCGUUUGGCUGCAGCUUACACAUUGUUGGUGCUGGUAAGAAACAUUCCAUUGCUUGAUCGACGCUUAUCCAUCAUUGAUCGAUUAACAGCAGAUCUUUGUCAUGGAAGAAGCUGCCACAACAGGAUGUUGUAUAUAUCAGUGUGUCAACUAGUCAUGGAUCUCUUUUCCAAAACCUUCUUCAAACAGUAUUUCUUCCGAUCGUUAUUAGGGCUAGCAUGUGAUCCAGUUCCAAACAUUCGACUGCGACUGUGCUCGGUUUUUCCCCAGUUAAAAUCUCUCGUAAUGCUUCCUGUAGAUUGCCCUCUACUUCAAGAACUAGAGUCAUGUGUGAGUAGGCUAAUGACCAGUGAGAAAGACAGAGAUGUAAUGGCGGCUGUAGGGCUUGCUAUUGAAGAAUUAGACAAAAUUGAAGUAUCUAUGGAACCGGGUUCUCAAAGGUCUUCAUUUGCUGAACCAGAGGUGGAUUUUGAAGAUUUGCGAAAAGAAGAAGAAGAAAGGAAGUUAUUAGAGCUUGAAGAUAAACUCAGAAAAGAAUUUCACACUAAAGAAUACACUUUCAAUUCAAAAUCCUGUCCUGGAAGUCUGACUAGGAAGGGAAAGAUUCCCGUUCGUAAAGAAAAGCCUGUAUGUAGAAACUCAAGUGUUCAAGAUGAAAAUGAAAGCCAACAGCCUCGAGUCUACAGAUCAUUGUCUCCACCCAGAAUUAUUGCUUCUGCUCCUUCUAGUCCAGUAACAACAAGGGUGAAGAGAAGCCCAGCAGGAAGAUCUGUUAUUCAACAAAGAAGAAAAUCUUCAGGAUUUGAAGUGUCUAAUCUAGUCUCUCGGAGAUCAGAGAAAGAAGCCAAUCUGAGGAGCAACUUAUCAAAAGGAAUCAGUUCUGCUUCCCAUUCUCUUAAUGGUAGGAAAAAGGCUGGGCCUCAGGUUCGGCCAGACCCACGUACCCCCAUCCCUAGCAGAAAAGCUGUAGCUUUGAACAAUACCAGGAGUCAGGCUGGAACAAGAAUCCCAACUCCACAUCUUGGUCUGGUGAAGACUGCAGCAGGUGACCGUUGUCCUUCUCCUUUGCCCUCACCCACUGGUCAGCCAAUAACACUGGAUCAGUUAUUACCUUCUCUCACUGGUCAUCCAACAAACUUGGACAAGCAGUUACCUUCUCCUAAUAGUCAGCUUGCAAACCUGGACAAGCUGUUACCUUCUCCUCUGCCCUCACCAACCAGUCAGCCAAGAACACCGGAACAAAUGUUACUGUCACCUCUUGAAGCCACUCAUCAAUCUGAAACAUGGGACAAACUUUGCCCACUUUCUCGGCCUACUAGAGAUCUCCCACAAGCUACUGAGCUUCUUUCAUCACCAGUUCUCACAAAAAGUGCAUCGUGUUACAGCGUAGCUGGGGGAGCUAGCAUCACAAACCAUAGAAAGAAGCCUUCCUCUGAAAGUUUAAAUGGAAAAAGUAAUGUUACGUGUCUGAGUAAAAGUCGCUCAUCUGACAGUGUAACUACAAGAAGCAGCAUUACUAGCUUGCAUAAAAACUCUUCAUCAAGACUGUCUGGAGCUGUGCCAUCUAAACUGCAGAGUAACAACAAAAACAUGUCUGUUAAACAUCCUCAGGGAGAAACUCCAGCUUCGUCCUUAGAGCCAUCCAAGAGAUCAGUAACACCAAAUCUUAACUCAACAACAUUACAGCCUGGUAGCAAAAUUCCAACCCCCAAGUCCGCUUUUAAGCGCAAGUCCUUCACUGGGUGCUCCUGAUGACUUCAGUCUGUAGAAACAUCAUGUACAAAGCAGAAUGUAAGCUUUACUAGUGGUGAUGAUUUGUGUAAAUGGAUAUAAAGUUGUACUAAGUUAAGUUCUGUGUGUAAUCAUGCAUGAUGGUACCCUCCGUAUUGGGAACAAGUACAAAAUGGACAGAUGUAGAAGUUGUGGCACCAUUAGUAUAUUGUAAGUAUUUGUUGUAAGGAUCUCGGUACAAUCCAGUAUUUCCAUUUCACGUAAUAUAUUGAUCUUCUCGCAUCCUACAUGUUGUGUUGUAAACUUAUUUUCAAGUCACGUAAGGAUGUGAUGUACAUCUUGUUGUUUUUGUUACAAAUUCAAAAUGUAAAUAUAAUGAUAGUUUAGUACCUGCAGGUUUUCUUAUUAACUCAUUGACUGCUGAUUUGCCGUUUAGGGUAUGGUCUGCCUCUGGCAGUUGAAUGCUAGUGUGCCAUAUACGGAGUCUGGCUUGCAAAAAUUCCGUACGUGUUUAGAGCAGCUGCAUUCAAUGGGUUAAUUAUACUCAUGAGUUCAUUCUGAUUUUAUCCAUCCCAUUCAUUUUAUUUAUUUAGUGUACAAAUAUUGAAACCAGUCUUUUAAAAUAUACAAAAUAUAAUGAAUUAUUUGUUAUAAGAUUUUUACAUCUACUAAGUAACUGUAGUAAACUGAUUGUAGUAUCCUAAAACUAGCUGAAUAGAUCUAAUCAUUCCGUAGAUCAACGUGCUACAAGUAGUAUCAACUUUAUAAGAUAGAACUUGAAAUCUUCUCAGAAUAUAACUCUUGUUUUCAUUCAUUGUUCAUAUUAUGAAUAAUUGUACGUCUAUAUCUUAAAGUCUAUUCCUGUAUAGUAUAAGGUAUACUAGAAUAUUAAUGUGGGUGGUUAAUCAAUGGUAAACAUUUAAUGGGAGGGUGUAACUUGGAUAUUGGUGUAAAACUUUGUUAAUGAGUUUAUUAGAAGUGUUGUUUGGUUACGAGUAUGUGAUGAAGUUGUUUAAAAUAUUUUUUAUGGGUUUACAAGAACGACUGAUUAGUUUGGUCAUCAGCGUAGGUAGAAUUCAUGCUGGUAAGUCUACAGGAGGGGUUGUCUUGGUUACCAGCAUAAGUGUUGUAAUGCAGUAGAUUGUGAAUAAGUUUAAAAAGGUUGUAGUCUCAUAGUAUUGGAUAUUGUAUCAAGAUUUCAUUAACCCUGACUAAAGGUAAAUAUGUGAAUAUCUGUUUUAGAUUAAAAUUUAUAUUUCCUUUAGGAAGUCAAUUUACUGUGUUAAGAGAUUGGAAAGAGGUUUAAAGUAUUUUUAUAUUCUUUGAAACCAUCCAUGUUACCUGUAUCUCUUGUUGAAAACUCGUUGAUUAUCAAACUUAAUGCUGAAUAUCUAUAAAA